CAAAGAAGGAAAACAAAUAUUUUAUUCGGUUGAAACAGAGAUCACUUUUGUUUUGUGUGAUUUAACAUUUUUGAAGAUGCACCUGCAUAACUUCAUGUUCGUGUCAGUACUGCUGAUGAUCUCUGAGGGGUUUAUUGUGAAAGGUCCCGCUGCUCAUCUGGUUGUUCCUCUGGGAGUUUCAGCGAUUCUGACCUGUUUUGUUGACAAAUCCUUACCAAUAGAGGGACUGAUGGUGGUUUGGAUAAGAGCAGACUCAAAUUCGUUAGUGCAUGUGUUCCAAGAUGGCGUGAGUGUACCAGAGGCCCAGUAUCAGGAUUAUCGUGACAGAGCUCAUUUCUUUACCGACCAGAUUCAACAUGGAAACUUCUCCCUCCUGUUGAACAAUGUGACAGCUGAAGAUAAAGGUUUUUACAGAUGUAAAGUUUACAAUGAACAUGAUUCUAGUGAAACUUUGGUUGAAAUCAAAUCUGUUGAGCGUUUGAUAGUAUCAGGAUCAGAUCACUCCAUAUCUGCGUAUGUGGGUUAUGAUGUCACUCUGAACUGCUCUGUGGACUCUCACAUCACACCUGAAGAGAUUGAAGAGCUUUCAUGGAAGAAAACAGAUACAUAUCAAGAUAUUCUGGUCCUGCUCUUCCAAAAAAGUAGAAUUAUAACACAUUCAUCACAUGAGCAGUACAGAGACAGAGUUGAGUUCUUCACUGAUGAAAUCUCCAAAGGAAACUUCUCUCUCAGACUGAAGAGUGUCAGAACUGAAGACCAAGGCAUUUACAGGUGUCACGUAGAAGCUGGAAAUUUUUCAGGCAACACAACUGUGGAACUGGCACAACUGGGUUUCUCUGCUUUGCAUGGAAUGGUGUUGAUGUUGUGUAUUGCUGCAUCUGGAUCUGCACUACUGAUGUCUGUUCUAUGGUAUCUACAACACUACAGAUCACAAAAUACAAAUAAAGCCCUGUUUCUUCAGAUGUUGGUAGUCUGUGUACCAAACCUUAUUAUGUUCUUUGCCUUUUUAUUCUGGGGCGUUAUUGAAGGAUUUCUGAAUGAGACAGUUGCUUGUUGUGCUCAUUAUUUCCUGCGUCCCCUUCUGCUGUUAUGGGCAGCUCCACAUUCAGAGCAUUUUCCUGGCGAACGUAAAACCACUAUGCACUGCAUUGUUCAUCUACAAUAUUCGCUUUUUGCAAAUGUUAUUUAUUCAGUUCUUUUUAGAGCUUUUUGGCAAAAAAGUGUGAAUUAUGCAGAAUUUGACAGAGUCUUGAUAACAGUCCUCUUUGGAAUAAUGAUUCUGAUAUCCAUCAUCAAUAUCGUUUUCUUACUGGCUGAACUCAUUAGAAAUAAAGAUGGACGCAUGCGUGCUGUAUUAGACUUCGUGUCUGACAUUGGCCAUGAUGUUCUGCCUCCAUUACAACUCAUCUUCCUCUUCUACGCUUUUAAAGCUGCCAGUCACGCACUUUUUGUUGUGGGAGUUUUCCCACUCUUCUUGACGCUGACAAGAUACAAUUGGAACAAUGCAUGUGAGAAAAAGCUGGAAUGUUUAAAGUCAGUCAGCAGAAUAGCGUGGUUAAUUUUCAUGAUAGUGGUGAAUGUUAUCAUGGUAUAUUCUCACCUUAUGGCACUGGAAAAAGAGAAAGAUUGUGCUGGAUGGGCCUGUGUAGCUGCAUUUUUACAAGUUCUCUGGGGAAUUGUCGUCCUGAAACACUCAUUUGAUGAACUGGAUCUUCCUUAUAGACCCGUUGUGUACCUUUUUGGAUCAGUUGUGGUUGUUUUAGUGAACUCUGUUGCACUGAUGGCAGAACUGAUCCUGAAAACGGUUAAUGGAGAGCGUGCAGUGGGUGAUCUGAGAAAUAUCGUCUUUCCAUCUGAAUGCCUCUUUGCCUCUUCUGUGCUGUUGUUAGUCAUAUUAGAGCCUUUCAUUAAAUAUAAUCAGCAGUGUUGUCAGAAUUCAGCAGAGUCUAAUCAAGCCAGCAGAUCGCACCAGAACCAUUGCUCUCAGGAUAAUGCUGCUGCAUCUGAUGAAUCUCCAUCCACUGGAUCACAUCAGAACCAGAGCUCUGUUGAACUUCAUGAACUGAGACCUCUGCUAAGGACUCAAAAUCAAGAGUCUGGGAGAAGUGAAGAGACAGAGGGAACUGAUUCACUGGUAGCGCAAACAUCAGCAGCAUUGACAGGAAAUACUUCGGACUGAAUUUUUACCCCACUUUGACUGUUUGCUCCUUAAACAUUUACAGGCCAGUGAUCAAACCGAGAGUGCAGUUUUAUCCGCAUUUUACGACCGGUGCAGCAACAUUUUAUUUAGUCCAUAAAGUUGUUCAGCUCUCUUUGAUUGUGCGCUGCUGUUUUCUGUUGCGUACAAGAAACAUCAAAUUGCAAACCCUCCAAAAGUGGGACGAAUUCGUUGGAACCAUGGAGCACACUGCAUUUUUCACACAAAUACCAUAAUUUGCUUUACAGAAACCACAGUUCUAUUUAACCAUGAUACAGGGACGGAUUACCGACCGGGCCAAUGGGGCCAGUGCCCAUGGGCCCUUGACUGCCUGGGGGGGCCCUGGGCUUUAAGGUUGCGCGAUCUAGAUUGGUGAUCCCCCACUCGAUAAACCUUUUUAGGCAUGAACUACGAACACCCCCCCAUUGGGUGGAGGUGGGCCCUUAGAGAUAAUUGGCCCCAAGGCCUUUGCAAUUCAUAAUCCCUCCCUGCCAUGAUAACAAGGAACCAUAUAUGUUUUUUUUUGUUUUGUUACAGUACAAGGGUCUUAUCUCAAAUACCUCACUUAAACUCUUGAUCUUAUGCAAGAACAUUUCAGCAUGUCAUUUUUCAUGAGGGUAACUAUAAAGCAGAAAAAAGGGCCAUAAAGUCUGUGACCUCUUAUGGUCCAAGCUAUCAGUUUUAGUCCUGUGUAAAAUACUAUAAAUUCUGUGUAAAAUCUUAAAAGUGUAAUAAUCUCUGGUUGUUGGAAAAAUGUGAAUAUUUUUACAAUAAGAUUAUUUUUACAGUUAUUGCUCCCUGGCACCCUACACCCAUCACCAUUUGUAGAACCGCUUUCUGUGUGUGUGUGUGUGUCACUGAAUAUCUAUAAAUGUUUGUUUACACAUUUGUGUCUCUUAGCUAAAAUCUAAACAGUCAACUUCAGAUUUUUCAAUUGCAUGUUUUUAUGUUGGGGCUGUGACAAAGUUUUUAUGUAGAAGUGCAUAUAUUUAUGGUAUUGUCACUUUGGGGGUAUGGAGAAUAUUAAAAACCAAAUGUCAAAAAGAAAACCAAGCCCUGUUUUGUUCUGUUUUUUAUUUUGUAACAUUUUUAUUAGUCAUAUUUACUCAUUUAUCCCGAACAUUUAUCCAUAUUACACCUGAACACCUACUUAUUCAUGCAA